CUCGCAUGCUACCCAGGCCUGUGCCCGCCCUGUCAGGUGACGACGCAGCGCCCAUGCCGCUGUGGCAAGCAGAUGGUCUCCCUCUGGCACUCCCACACAUCUCCCGCCCCUGUGCACCUGUCCUUGACCGCCGAUGCCGCGCGCGCAGACCUCUCCUGCAGCUGCGCUUGUGAAAAGCGGCUCGCAUGUGGGAACCAUAUCUGUGCA